AAAACUGCGAUAAAAAAAGCACAAGUGGUGCAAAGCAACCACUGUCCAAGUCAGCCAUGUCUCGGCCCCUGGACAUGAACAAGACACCUUGGAACUUCAUGAAGCAGUUUCAGGAGGCUACCAAGAAGCAAGAGCAUGCUCGUGAGUUGUUCGAGAUGAAGCAAGGCGGUCCUCGCAGAUACAGGUUCCAGGCGCCUGGGGAGAGGGUCGAGCUGGUGAAGUCGCGGAGCCAGCCUCACCUGAACGGCUUGAGCGGCUUUGUGGACUUCAGCAAUGCCGAUGAACUGGGCUUCCUGAAGGUGCGUAUGCCCAAAUGGGCGCGCACCACGCGGGCCGGGCAGCGGGCAACCCUAGCCCUGGAAAGUUCAGGAAAGGAAGGAUACAGGUACCUCAAAGUGCGGCCCCAGAAUCUGCGGCCACUGCGGCACCCCUCAGAUGAGCGGCCGCGGGGAGGGACCCUCCAGGAGUUCUUCCAGGUGGAGGACGAUCUUGCGUCCAUCAAAUCCUGCACCGACACGGUUGCUUCGUGCUCGGAGCGCCUGAGCACGGCGAGAUCUUUGCCACAGCUGCGCAGGCGCCCUGCCAUCACUCGCUCACUUGCUUGCAUGACACAGGAACUUGCUUGCUUCACCAUCAGCUUGGGGGCAGCGAGCUGGACGAAGGAUCUUGGAGGGUCCAGCAUUCCCUUUUGCAGUGCCGCAGGCGUCGCGAUAAAACGCUGGAGCUACUGAUAUCGUCCAGGGAAGUCAACAGUCUUGUUGACCUCACAAAUGUAGUAGAUGAAUAGGGUGUGUGUGUGUGUGUGUGUUGGUCCCCAAAGUGAAAGAGGCCCUCUUGACCGGCACGCCCCCCAUUAACUGGUUCCCACCAUUCCGGCUAUUCUAUUGCCAGGCGCUCGGGUACUCUGCCCUCGAUGCCGGAAUGAAGUGGCCAGCUCCAGAGUGACCGCUCGGCCGUGCUAACGACUGCCAUGCGCCUUUCAUCGCAGCCUCGACGCCUCGGUGCUGGUGGAUUGCGGGCAGGGCUGACCCCUCACCGCUCCAGUUCCCCAAGGGAUCAUUGGAGGCGAGAGAGAC